GCCUUUAACACAGCGCAGCCUGCUUUCUGUGCAUUUGCAUUAGAGGCAACACAGGAUACACACUCACAUGUGCAUACUCGUAACCACUCACACACUCAAUCAUAUCUCAAACUGGAGUUGGAGUGAGGAAACAGAAUGUCAGGGAAGGAAGCACUGAAGCCAGUGGGAAAGCAGAAUUUGCCUCAAGUCUGCAGAGCUCUUUUCUGACCCACUCUACAGGAGGUCUCAGAGAGAAGUUUGGAUUCAUAAAAGCAGGUCUUUCAGAGUUCCAGCAUCUACUGCCACCAUCAAGCUGAAGGAGGACACAUCGUCAGGUUUACCACACACAUAGACCACAAGGAAAUAUGAGUCUGUCACAGACCGGGACACUGGAGAAGACGGAGCAGGCCCUCUCUGACCCAGGCUCCCCCUCCAGAGUGGGGUCAGGGGUCGUGGUGCCGCCUCCAUACUCUCUGGGCGGCAGCGAAGCCGCUGAACCCCCCCUGGAGUUAAGAGGCUCUCUGGACUGCUGGGCAUGCUCUGUGCUGGUCACUGCACAGAAUCUGAUCAUAGCACUAAUCAACGGCGGGCUGGCCAGCAUCAUAUUUGGCACCAUCCUCACCCCUGCUCUUGUCAUGAUCAUAUUCGGCUUCCUCUGCCACUCCGCGGUGCAGCCCCAUGGAACAUCUCUGUAUUGCUCAGACGUGCUGGAUGACGCCGGCUGCGUGGCUCUUCUGGUUGUGGGCUUUCUGUUGCUCACCCCUCUGCUGGUCCUCGCACUCGCCGCCUACUGUCGCCUGGCCCGACACCUCCAGCUGGGAAUGUGUUUCAUUCCCUACAGCCGCGCCGUCUACAAGAACCUGCCCCCCUCACGCCACCGGAAGGCUGAUGCAGGAGGCUGCUGUGGCCAGCAGGGAGCUUCAGAGAGGGAGGGGAAGGGUAGCGUAUGGGUGUAAGAGAGGAGAGGAGUAUCCCUGUUUAAUGAUGAGAGUUUGAGUCUGGCUCUUUCUUUAUUUUUUGAAGCCAAUUUCCACUGUGUUUCUAUUUCUAAAGCCAUUGUAAAAACCCAUCAUAUUUCAUCAUUUAUAGUGUUUGUUUAAAAGUCAAUAUUGCUUUUUCUAUGCAUUUCCAAUGCAUUGAAUGUAUUUUAUACCUUUUUAAAAUAAAGUGUAAAUCGACCUGU